CUUAUUUCAGUGAGACAUAUUUCAUCAGCACCGCAACCACUGAAGCUUCCAUGAGUGAAGAUGCUUUGGGAGCUGUAUUUAUUUGUGUUUGCUGCCUCGGUAGUUUUUAAUUUUGUAGGAAUCAUUGCAAAUCUAUUCAUCAUAGUGGUCAUUUAUAAGACUUGGGUCAAAAAUCACAGAAUCUCCUCUUCGGAUAGGAUCCUCUUCAGUUUGGCCAUCGCUCGAUUCCUGACUCUGGGCUUGUUUCUACUGAACACUGUCUAUAUUUCUGCAAGUGCUGAAAGGUCAGUCUAUUUCUCUACAUUUUUUCUAUUGUGCUGGAAGUUUCUGGAUUCCAACAGUCUCUGGCUAGUGACCUUGCUGAACAGCUUGUAUUGUGUGAAGAUUACUAAUUUCCAAAACCCGGUGUUUCUUCUGUUGAAAAGGGCUAUCUCUGUGAAGACCACCAGCCUGUUGCUGGCCUGUCUUUUGAUUUCCGCCUUCACCACUCUCCUGUAUCUUGUGCUCAUGCAGAUAUCACGUUUUCCUGAACGCCUAACUGGGAGGAAUGACACGUUAUUUGACCUCAGUGAGGGCGUCUUGACCUUAGCAGCCUCCCUGGUCUUGAGCUCACUAUUACAGUUUAUGCUCAACGUGACUUUCGCCUCCUUGUUAAUACAUUCCUUGAGAAGACAUAUACGGAAGAUGCAGAGAAACACGAGCAGCUUCUGGACUCCGCAGACGGAGGCUCACGUGGGCGCCACGCGGCUGAUGAUCUGUUUCCUCGUGCUCUACAUCCCUUACUCAGUUGCUGCCGUGCUCUAUUUUCCUUUCUCUGCACGGAAAAACCUGAGGGCCCAGGCCGUCUGCAUGAUGGUUACCGCCGCUUACCCUCCUGGGCAUUCAGCCCUCCUCAUCGUCACACACCAUACACUGAAAGCUAAAGCAAAGAAGAUGUUCUGUUUCUACAGGUAG